UAUCAGAAAGAGGCUUAAAAGAAAUGGGUUCGUUUCUAAGACCUGUUUAUAUCUUGGAAACGGAAAGGACUAUAGUUUGUCUUUCGGGGUUUUACCAUUAUUUGUUGAUGUUCAUUUUUUUAGCAGAAUUGGAUGUUGCUUUCAUUAUGAAAUAUUGCGUGUGUAGACGAUGAAUGCACUCACAUCACCUCAGCCACCUGAGACUUUCGAGCCUCGAGAAUCGAUUUGGGCCUACAUCGAAAAGCAAACAUUGGAGGAAGAAAGGCUUGAAAUUAAAAAGCUGAUCGGGAGCUCAUUAAUUGAAGAGACUGUAGAUCUUCAUCAAGAGGUUGAUACAUUGCUCGAGAUUUGGAGGGAAUGCAGAGAAGAGAAUGAUGGCCCAAGACAUGCUUUAGCUUUACCUGAACCUCCAAAUGUCAGGGAAAAUUUGAUCAAACAGAUACAAUUGUUUGUCAAGCUCUUGCAAGAAAGAUCUGAUAAUUAUUGCAAAGGAGACAUUAGAAGUCUUAGCCCUUUUCAAUCUGAAGUUGUUAGAAACAUUUGUAUUGAAAAAGAAAGGUCCAGUCCAUCGCAGGAGCGGCCGCAGACUGCUCGCAGCACUCGGGAUGGGAGAGAGACGCCGUUGCGACCAAUGUCUAGCGGUAGAUCAAGCUCAUGCAGUUCUGGUUUCCGUGAUCAUUUCCUAGAAAGCGGCACAGGGAAAUCAACAAAUGAGAUUGAGGAACUUGCAGAUAUUAUAAGGGAAAGUCUAGAAGAAGAAAGAAAUGGCUUACACGAAGAUAUUGCCUUUUUGCAGCAAUGCCUUUUUGACGAGUCAACGUUUCGCGCAUCUGCCGAACAGCGCGUGGAAGAGCCCAGCUUAAAAGACUUACAAGACAUUGGCUUGAGACUGGAAAAAGAGCUCUUGGUAACUGCUUCAGGUCCUGCUGAAAACCCCUCCAAAGCAGGACAUCUUCACGAACAUCGCCAAUCUCCGACGUCGAAUUCCAUGAAAUUUGCUGAUCAACGGCACACGGUUCCAUCUCCUCCAACUUCUGCGCCGACUACAAAAAGUCGAAAAGAAGUCACGCGUCGUAAACAGUUGCCAGCUAAACCAGUCAGAUUAACGUCGGAAGAUAUUAAAACACCUAGUUCACAGGGAUACAAACACAGCAAAGGCAUAACUGAAUCACAGUCAAUAAGAAAAUGCACAUCAACAUCAACAACGGUUACAAAGCCCUGUUUACCAACUUCGAUAGGCUCAAACUCCCAAAAACUAAGACAGUUGGUUUUAGAAUGUAGGGAGAGUCAAUCGUGAUUCUUCGUUGCUCUUUCCGAGAUCCCUCUUUCUUAAUUUUGUUGUUUGAGAAAUUUAUAUUUAUACCGUAGUUUAGGUAUAAGCAAGAUUUUCGUCAGUUAUCAGUGGGCCUAUCUAUUCCAAUUUCUGUACAGCGAUUUUGAUAUUAAAAUCCUGUGUAGGAGGUUUUUAUUUUCAUGCAUAAAAUCUUACAUGGGUAUUAUUUUCAGCUUUCCUGGAAGUUAGAGGCCUGUUGCUUCUUAUGUAGUGUGAAGGCUAGUAUGCUUGCCAUCUGCUGCUACUGUUUAAUGUUCCUUGAAAAGCAGAGUAUUCAGAAUUUUCAUCAGCAGCAAUGAUUAUUCUUCCUAACACGAUGCCUUCAUAUUUGAGACAAGGCUCAUUUUGGUUUCCGUUGUAACAUCCAAGCAGCUUUCAUGUUCGUAUACUUUUGACUGUUGUAAAUAUGUUUAAAUCCUGAUGCUUUGUAUAUAGAUAAACUGUAAGCUGGCUACUUGAUAUUUUUCCAUGUCUCAUUCCUCCAGUAUUUAAAAAAUGAUUAUCUCUAAGUAUAGAAAAGAAGCACCCUAACAUAAUGACGGACGAACGAUCUGUACCGUUUGAAAGCUUAAGGAUAUACAAUUUAUGCUUUCUAUAAAUUAUGCUUUCAACGAAUAGCAUCAAAUUUUUCAUAAAAAUUACGUGAAGAUAAAUAUGUUCCAAGCUCGAUUCUUUACCAAUAGGCUUUCAACUAUCUUUGUGUCAUGUUUUAGGAUAAUAAUGAAAAUGAUAAAAAUUUCAACUUUAUUGUCAUUCUUUCAAUAAUAAAAGGGAACCUUCAAUUGGCUGGACUGUUUUAAUUUUUUGUGACCAUACCCAAAAAAUCAACCUGAUCAAAAUAGUUUUCAGUUGAGGCUUUAAUAAUUCAGGUGGAAGCCAUGGAUGUUUCUACGUCAAGAACUUAGAAGAAUGGAUGAAUUGCAAACGAUGCUUGGCGCCGACUAGUUGGUGCAGUUUUCAGCAUAUUCGAAUGGAAAAAGUUCAUGAUCUACUGUACAUGCCACGUGCACCAAGAGAAAGGUUGUUGAAAAGUAUUUCUUCGUAGGAACCUCUUAGAUCUCGAGCAAAUGGACUGUAUUCACUUUUCUUUUGAAGUUCAAAGAUGUAAAGGAUUUGGUAUACGUUGUUUUGAUGAUCAUGAAAUGACGUAACUGGUCACCAGAGAUAAUGAAUGCGUGGAAAAACCUGGUAAACUAAAAUAGGAAUGCUCCUGAAACGUAUUGAAAUGGCGAUGCAAGAUACCUGUGUAGCACUCUUCUAAGUAGGCUUUACAGCUAGCUACCAUUUGGGGAAGGAACCUCGACAGCCUGCAGCAAGAGCUAUAUGACUUGCGCGAGAUGCUCCACAGCGGACAGUUUUAUGUGUGGGUGUGGUCUUAUUCGAGUGUUUCCUUAUAAAGUUAACAAUAAUUUAGUCAUGGAAUACUUUAUAGUAGAUCAUUAAUCCUCACCAAGACGUAUUCAAAGAAACAUUAAAGACUAAAACCUUUGAUGCAAAUGUUUCUCUAACAGCUAAGAAAAUAUCCUUCAAAUUGCUUUUCCAUCUAAGGUGUUGAUCUGAAUAAUCCUUCAACGACAAGGCUCCUUGCCAAAGCUUAGUUUUGUUGAACGACUUUUAUCAAGGCUUUUAGGAAAAAUGUAUGGAGAACGAUGUAAGGAACAAAUCAUCAUUACCGUAUCUAUGCUACUUAUUCGACGUGAGCAACAAUGCUGCUUUCAUAAUUGUUUUUUCAUAAACACUGAUAAGUAGCCAUUUUCCCGACUGUUUUUUUUUCAUUCCAAUCCUCCAACAUGUAAAUUAAGUAAUUUUUAAUGCUUCAAACGAAAAAUGGUUUUAAUGCUUCACGCCCAUCCUCCAAAAAGCUGUUUGUUUCAAAAUAACCCAAAAGGAAUAAUGAUGUUGCUUGCUCUGCGAUCUUAUUCAUUUAUGCACACCAACAGUUGUGUUCGUAGUUCACUUGCUUAAGGCAUGAUGUAUACUUUAUACGCAUUAGAAUCAUACAAAUCAUUGCAAUAUUAUCUAUUCUACACCUGACAAUAUUAUCUAUUCUACAGGUUACACAAGGUUGCCUUGGCUAUAAAAGCGACAAGGACAGGGGACUAAGCUCCUAAGAUACGGACAAGCUCUAGUGCUGAUGUGGUAUCAGUCUUCCUUUGCUUUUUCAAAAUGUCAAAAAUUUCUGUCUUGUUGUUUGCUUUUUUCCUGAUCCACUGUGCUACCUCUCUGAGACAGAUUCUUAGAGGAAGUGACAAAAACGACCCGAAACUGGUUCAAGCGAUCAAAACUGCUCUUGCUAAAAAGAGUGAAAAAAGCGACACAAAGUAUUUAUUGCAAAAGGUUCUUUUUGGAAUGAGGAGAAAGCUUAAAGCUGGUGGGAGAAGUCUGUCAAUAAGAGUACGCACAGUCGGAUUACCAGGGAGUGGCGAACAGCACAAUACAAUAUGUGCUCUAGAUUUAAAAGAAGAUGACAAGGGUGUGAUAUUGGAGAGCAAAGUCAGAAAAUGCUACCAUCACUAAGUUCGAGAAAGUUGGUACAAUUUCUCGUAAAUGUCUGUAAUAAGGUUUAGUAUUGCAUUAUGGGUAUUAAUCUCAAGUAGAAGUAUUGCGAUUGCAGUUUGUUUGUUUUUUUCGGAAAAUGCUUCCUGUCCUC